CACCCGGUAGCUGCCGCCGUUGCUCCCUCGGCUUCAUCAACGAUUUCAGUUACACACCCUCCGCUGCGAAAUCCGUCAGCCUUGGGCCGGAUUUCUGUUCCCCGGCGACACGAUGAAUGCGGCCACGGGCAGGGCGGGCGUUGUCCGCGCCCACGACGACGCGGGCAGCAUGGACAAGUUGGCACAUUCCGUCUUGGACGAUGUACUCUACAACAUCAUCUCCGACCUGUUGAUGAAGACGCACCGCGAGGAGAAGACGGCGAGGGCCACCACGGCUGCCAUCCGAGUCGAGAAGAUGGCCUCGGAUGCCUCCGAGAGCUCGACGCCCGACUCGAAACCGGAGGUGCGGAUCGAAACCGACGCUGCGAUUUACGAGGAUGGCAAGGUGCUGCUCAAGGGCAACCCGCUCAAGACCACCCCCGAGAUCCUCUGCCCCAAAUGCCACCUCCCUCGACUACUACACCCGACCGACGGCAAAGGCGCCAAAAAGCCCGAUCCGAGCAUCAUCUACUGCAAGAAACAUCCCUACAUCGAUAAGCCCGGAUGCGACAUCUACGGCCAGAGCUGGGUCGGACCAGGUCCCGGUCGCGGCAAGAAGAAGAAGGACGUGGAGAAGAACACCGACUCGCCCACCCCUGAACAGCGGCCCCCCAACGUGCUCUCGUUCCCCUCGGCGACUUGCAGCAAGUGCAAACGCUGCAUUCUCGUCACCCGGCUGAAUAACCACAUGGGCUCAUGCAUUGGCAACAGUGGCCGUAAUGCCAGCCGCGCUGCCGCCCAGAAGCUGAGCAACGGCGGGUCCCAGCACGACGGGACACCCCCGUCCUCGCAAAAGGCCACGCCCACGCCAGGUUCACGCGCCGCGAGCCCUAAAAAGCGCGACGCCAGCGACGACGACGAGGAAUCGGAGAACAGUCAUAAGAAGAAGAAGCUUAAGCCUGCUGUGACCAAGAAGGUCAUUAUCAAGACGAAGCCCACUCUUAAGAAGGACAAGGUCAAGAGCCUUUCGUCGCUGAGCCAGGAACAAAAGGCCAACUACGAUAACCUCAGCUCAAGCGUCGAUGUGGCCCCUAAGAAGGUGGUCUCGAAGAGCGUCAGCCCCAUCAAGAAGCUCAAGGUCGGUAAUAAGCCCCCGCUGGGCUCUCCCAAACCCAAGGUUAAGCACAUCCGGGAAGCCGACGGAGAGUCGGAGUCUUCCGGCACGCUCUCGUCGCCACCCGCGCCCCAAUAGAAGACGGGCGGUGUCGCUGGCGUCUUUGGCUUGCCUAGACCGGGGAAGCAUCCCUGAUCGAACCAUGCGGAGAACAUCUGCAGCGUUCUUUGGAUGAUUAGCUAGGCGAUGCCAACCUGGCGCAUCACCUGACCACUCGAGACUGGUUGGAUACGGAUAGACGCAGGCGGCAUGUCAUGG